GCGGAGCGCUAAUUGCCGGCACUUAUUAUUUAUCAUCCACAAUGACCGGCUUGUAUAAGAACCGGCAACUCACGGCUUCAGGCAGUCUUCAUUGAACUCAGAGGCUGAGAGAGUUGAGAUCAGAACCGCUCAUUCGAAAAACAUGAACUCGUUUCUCUUGCUCAACACGAUCGCCUUUCUUUGCCUUCUGCUCGACGUGAACGGAAACCGCGCCAACAACUCCAACAAUCGCAGACGACGUCGACUGUGUGGAUCAGCUUUAGCAGACGCCUACGAUCUGAUCUGCUCGCAGUCGGCUCAGAAUGGGAAACGGAGUUAUCAACCGGCAGAUGUCCCCGAAGCUCCUCAACAAAGGCGUGGCUCCUGGGGAGACAUUCGAGACGCCCCUGAUUUCAAUGACCCCUCUAACGAAGAACUCAGCGCCAUGGUUUCUGAAGCGGCGUCUAAACUAAAAGCCCUGGAAAAGUUUCUCGCCAUCUUUAGACACAGACGCGAGACGCACGACGUGAAUCCCGCCAAAACUGGUCUGGCUCGGUUUACCAGGCAGACGUCAAACAUCGUCGUCGAAUGUUGCCUUAACCCGUGCUCGAUCACUGACAUCAUGGGAUACUGUCAUGCUGGUUAUACACCCCCAUCAAACUCAACACUGAGUGAAUUAGAAAGAAACUUGGGAUUCACCACGAUGCGGCCUGCCACCCAGCGCCCUGUCCCCACCCAGCCGCCCAGCACAACCACCAGCGCCUACCCCCCAGCUCAGGUCAACCGAGGAAGGACCGGAAUAUCCAACCCGGAUGUUUUCUUUGUAACCUUUGGUAACCAGGCAACCAGAAGCCCACUGAUACAAAGGAGAAUUUAGUUCCUAUCUGAAUUAGAUUAUUUUUAUAAAUUGUUUCGAUACUUUCUUAUUCUUGAAACAGUGGCGGAUUAAGAGGGGGGCUGACCGGGCUGAAGCAAGGGGCCCUGGAAUUUUAGCUGCUCAAAAUUAUUUUACAAUCCCAUCAAGAUGUAAUUAGUCAUUGUGAUAUCUAUAAGGCCCCGGGUAAGACCCGCUCACUUUUGAUCCGCAGCUGUUUAAGAUAGCGUUGUGAAAAUUGUAACAUUUUAUCUCAGUAAUUUAGAUAAUUCCUGACUUACAUAAGUAGAUGUUUUCUUAGUCUUUCAGAUAAGUGCGUGAACCUCUAUAGGUUGCCCACCAAAAGUGUGCCAUGUCAUGUCUUUCAAAGUUUCCAGAAUGGGGAGGAGUGGUUUUCUACAUUAUUUUACUUGGGGCAGGGUUUAACAUUGUAUAGAUUUAUUGAAAAUAAGGUCGAAAGAUAUCUUGAUACACAUCUCGACAGAUAGAGUUUCUUCGUUUUAAACGUCACUAUAAGGGUCAAUUUCUUUUCCUUCAUUAGAACUAUGCUUGCUUAAAAGUCAUUUUAUUGUGUCGGUUCUUGAUGGGUUAAAGUAAAAUGUAUGAUGAGAUACAAGGAAAAUACCAGUAGGUCCACACAGAAAUG